GUAUAAUCGAAGGAGUUGGUAAAAUAGAUGACUGUCAGGUACUGUUUUAUAAAAGAUUCAGUGUUCUGUCUAUCAAAGAGUUCCAAGUACUGGUACCAUAUGUAAUAAAUAUACAAUAAGUAUCUAUCAAAAAAGCAACUUUGUGAGCCGAGCUAUUGUCUGACAGCCUGUAUAACCUGGAUAUGCUUGAAACGUAUUCCCAAAGGGACGGUGCGGAACAAUCCAAAUCAGUUUUUGAAGAAAAUUGCGACUCGGGGCAAUACUGCAUACAUGCAAGUUUGCAAUGUUGGUAAACCGACUAGUAAGGAUGAUGGUCUGUCGUCCGUAUAGCCAAUGACAACUAGCCUCAAAAAUGAAGCAGGCCAUCACAUGGACUUCGAUGACAUCCUGGUGGAACUGGGAGAAAUGGGAAGAUACCAAGUGUUUCUCUAUAUUCUUAUAUGCCUGCCAGUAUUGUUCGCUGCAUCAAACAGUCUGAGCUACGUUUUCACGGCUGGUGUGCCAGAUUAUAGGUGUUUCAUACCGGAAUGUGAAGACCCAUCUGACACCACAUACGACGUGCCUUGGAGAAAGUGGGCUAUCCCGGACCCUAGUGCCGUACAUGCAAUUGGUGUGAAAAGCGAUUUGUGUUAUCGGUACAUGUCCAGACCUGGAGAAACCAACAGAACGUGUUCAGAUAGUUUGUUCAUGAACGUGACAGAGAAAUGCUCCGAGUUCGUUUUCGACAAUGUUGAAAGGACAAUUGUGAACGAUUGGAACAUCACCUGUGUAGAAAAUCAAUGGAAAUUGUCAUUGGUGGGCUCUUCGCAUUUUGCAGGUAUCAUCAUAGGAUCUUUCGUGUUCGGUGUUAUGGCAGAUAGAUUCGGGAGAAAGCUAGUGUUCAUCUGGUGCAUUCUGCUAAUGAGCGUCUCCGGAUGUCUCCAAGUCAUCUCACCGGAAUAUUGGACAUUCGUCAGCCUCAUUUUCAUCAAUUCCCUGGGCACCGCUGGAGUUUACCCUUUGGCGUUCAUCAUCGGAGUGGAAAUGGUGGGUAAGAAGAGGAGAGAGGUCGCUGGUAUCACUUUGAACUACUUUUACGCUGUUGGAGAGGCUAUUGUGGCACCUUUGGCCUGGUAUACCAGAGACUGGGUAUAUUUGCAGCUGUUAGUGUCUACCCCCGCGAUUAUAUUUGUUGUUUAUUAUUGGAUGAUUCCUGAAUCAGUGCGAUGGCUGCUGGCAAAUGAAAGACGCGAAGAAGCCAAGAAGGUCGUGAUACGAGUGGCCAAAGCGAAUAAAGUGAUCUUGUCUGACGAUAUAGUGAACUCCUUCGCCGAAGUUGCACCACUAAAAGACGCAAAACAAAUGCAGAACCACAACGAAACUCAACGAAUACUAACGGUAGUCAGGGAAAUGUUGAGCUAUAGAAUUAUGAUACUACGAUUAACAAUAAUGUAUUUCAUCUGGGGUGUGAACGCGUUCAUCUUCUACGGCCUUUCCAUCAAUUCCACGAGUCUGGGAGGCAACAAGUAUAUCAACUUUGCACUAGUGUGCUUGGUAGAGAUUCCUGGAUACACACUGGCGUGGAUCGCUAUAGAAAAAAUUGGUAGAAGACUGUCUCUUGUUGCAUCUUUAGUUGUUUGCGGUGUCACUUGUACUUUAACGAUUUUCGCAACAGGAUGGACAGUAGUAGCUCUGUUUUUGGUUGGCAAGCUCGGAAUCACCUCAGCGUUUGGAGUUGUGUACGUAUACACUGCAGAGAUGCUACCAACGAUCAUAAGAAGUGGCGGGGUUGGAACCGCAUCUACUAUCGCUAGGUUCGGUGCACUGAUGGCACCCUUCGUACCAAUGUUGGGCUUAUACUACUCUGCACUACCAAUGCUGUUAUUUGGACUUGUUGCUUUACUUGCCGGAGUAUUGGCAUUAAAGUUACCCGAGACUCGUGGAAUACCACUACCAGAAUCUGUAGAAGAAGCCUUGAACAUUUGAUUUUAUCAUGUGAACCCUAUAUGUAUAUUUUUUCUAUCAAUAAAAACUACUGAAGCUCGUCUUGCUA